AUGAAUGUCAUCACAAAAAAGAGUCCAACAACAACAACGACUGCCACAUCGGGCACAUCUUAUCUUUCAAUGAUGACAUCUAGUGUUGCCAGUAACAAUAAUAAUAAUAAUAACAAUAAUCCUAUAAAACGACGUGAAAGUUCAAUUGGCGAAGAUUCGAUCUAUAUAUCUCAAGAUGUGCAUGUACACAUCCAUGGCGUUCAAAUAGAUCAAGAUAAUACAGGAAAAACUCUCCGUUCAUCAGUCAUAACCAGUUCAACAAGUAUUGUUCCUUCAUUACUAUCGUCAUCAAUUUCGAAUAAAACAAGCAACACAACGACGGCACCAAAUACACGACCUGGAUCAAACCCAACAAUAAUGGUCGCAUCAUCGACACUUGUUCCUCCAACAAUUGAUGCUAAGCCGUCUUCUCCAUCGUCGAGCUCACCAUCGUCAUCAACAUUGACACUUCAAACCCGGAAAGACUCGAAUGCAUCCAGCUCGGGUGCUUUUUCUGAACCAUCACGUUCCUUUGGACAAGAAGAAAAUUCUUCCGAUUCAUUAUUUAGUCCAAUCGCAGCAACAGCAGCACAUUUAGUGAUUAAAUGUAACGUAAAUCCGUCGAGUUCAACAUCGACGCCAACGGCUACUCUGACACCACGUGUCAAAGUGACUGUACAACAACCAUCGAUCACUAGUCGACCGUCACGUUUCGAUUCAUCGCCUGAGAAUAUCACACCUUCAUCAUCUCAUUUGAAAACUCCAACAUCUAAUACAAUACCAAUCAUGUCAACAAGUACAACAUCGAGCGCACCGGAAUUUUCGUUAAGUGGCGCAUCGAGUGUCGAUGAUUCUGAUGAUUUAGCACUGUACGAUCAAUACUUAUCUUCUCAUGGAAGACAAUCGAACCCGUCACCUGAACUUCGAAAGAAAAAUUUCGACGAUUGGAUGAAGCUGGAACAAAGAUAUCUACCACGUAGUAAAAGUGAAAUUAACACAGGACCAACAGAACAAUCUCCUCAACAAAAUACUACCAAUCAAAUAAAACCAGAACCAACGUCGUAUGUGAGUGAAGACGACGAUUCAAAUAGUCGAGUAUCUGCUUCAAGUAAUUCAUCAGAUAUGUCAAAAAAGAAGAAGUCGAAAGCAGCAACAAUAGCAAAAGAUUUUAAAUCUCGUGCAGCAAAUUUAAUUCGACGACGUACGACUGAAGCGACACUAUCCGAAAAAAGCCUUAUACCAUCACGCGAAGAUGUUCAAUCAUGGGAGCAAUCAUUUGAUGCUCUUUUACGGCAUCGAUAUGGGCAAGCUUUAUUUCGUGCAUUUCUCCGGACUGAAUUCAGUGAAGAAAACCUCGAGUUCUGGCUCGCAUGCGACGAAUUUCGUUCGUGUAAAGAACCAAAAAGAUCAGGAAAAGCAAAGAAAAUCUAUAUGGAUUUUAUAGCCAUUGGUGCCCCGAAGCAGGUGAAUCUUGAUACUGAAACACGUAUGUCCACUAUAGCUAACAUUGAUAACCCACCAGUGGAUACAUUCGAUCGAGCUCAAAGACGCAUUCAAGGUCUAAUGGAAAAAGAUUCUUAUCAACGUUUCCUCAAAUCGGAAUUAUACAUUAAUCUCCUACGUCGUACAACAUAUCCAGUUCAACGACGAACAACAACUGAAAUCUCUUCAAAACCAUCUUGA